AUGGAUUUCAAUCCAUUCCAAGACUCUGCAAAAUUUGUUGAACUACUAAGUAGUCAACAAAAGGUAGUCUUUGGGAGUCAAGGCAGUGCUUCUCGGUCAUCAUCGCAAGUUCCUUUCUUCAUUCAAGGUACAGAGGAAGGUCGCGAUCUUCCAGCAGAGCGUAAGGAGCGAAGAGCGUGGACUCCAACAGAUGAUAUAGUGCUUAUUAGCUCGUGGUUGAACACGAGCAAGGAUCCAGUUGUUGGGAAUGAGCAGAAGUCAGUCGCUUUCUGGACAAGAGUUGCAACAUACUUUUCAGCUUCUCCUAAGCUUGCUGGCAGUGAAAAAAGAGAGGGUCCUCAAUGCAAGCAACGCUGGCACAAGCUGAAUGAAGCAGUUUGCAAGUUUUGUGGGGCGUAUGAAGCAGCAACAAGAGAGAAAAACAGUGGUAUGAACGAGAAUGACGUUGUAAAAUUAGCUCAAGAAAUCUUUUUUAACAACUAUAAAAAGAAGUUCACUCUAGAACACGCGUGGAAGGAGCUCCGCCAUGACCAGAAGUGGUGUGAGGUCGCUGCAGCUAAAAAUGAAAGCACCUCCAAAAGAAGGAAGUUCGAGGAUGGAAGUCAUUCAGCCAGCUCUCAAGUCCCUGAAAACCCUGCUGCUGUGGAUGGAACAUCUCGUCCCCCGGGUGUUAAGGCUUCAAAAGCUCGUGGGAAGAACCCACAGGCUGAGGAGAAACGGCUGUCUGACUUCCAGAGUAUGUGGAGCAUCAAGCAGAAUGACUUGGCAAUGAAGGAAAGACUCUCCAAGAUGAGGAUACUUGAGAAUCUUCUUGCAAAAGACCCACCACUAGCUGAUUAUGAAGAAGUGAUUAUGAAGAAGCUGAUAAAUGAGUUGAUGAGUACUACUUGUCAUGUCAAGGUCAAGAAGAUCGAACUUGAACUUGUGAAGGAGUACUUCUUUGUCUCUGCGUUUUAA